AUGGGAACGGAGUGCAACGACGCAUCGGAAUUGUUAGUGACGACCGACUGCAACGAACCAGAACGAUGUUUGCGUGGCAUCGGAAAGAAGACGGUACAACUGGUGCCGAUUGAAAGGGUACCGAAAAUCGCUUCGUCGAUGCGUUCUGUUUCUCAGGCAAUGUGUGGCCCUGCAAGAGAAAUAUACAAAGCUGGGUGGGUGAAGCUGACUGUUGGGAAACGGCCAGUGGAAGUUGGAACGCAUCAGCCGUACAAAGUGUUUGAUCUUCUGCAGUGCAGCUAUGUAAUUGGCGUUGUGGCGAAUGAUUGUGCGUUUUCGAUCGGAUUUGAACAUGAAGAUAGGGAUGCUUUGCAGCUGGUGGUAUUGUCCCCGGAAGAGAAGAAUUCGUGGUUGGAAAGAUUGCAGUGCAAACUUUUGGCCAUGCACUGUCUUCAGUGCCUGUCGUCGCAGCCGUCGCUUGAACAUAGUGAUUCUUCGUCGAUUUCUACAAAAGACGCUGGUGUCGCGAAGGAGGAAACCGCCUUGUCGGAAAAGACGACGAAGCCUCCCCUUCCACCUCGUGAAAGCCCCUCUUCUCCCAAUUGUCGAAUGGGUUCUAUUGAGAAGACGUCUGCUGGCCAUCUUCAGCUCACGACGGAAGUUGAUAACGAGGUGUUCGUAUCCGGCUACGACGUGCCUUCGGCGGCGUUAAACCCGAAACAUAGUCGGAAUGCGCUGUCCGUCUCUUCGACCGUGUACGAAAAUGCUUGGGAUUCGAUUGUCGACCGUUUACACAUUUCUCCAAUUCCCACAGCGCUUCUCUCUCUCCACGGAUCGGCGGAGCACCCAGGAUCGGCUCUUGGCGCUUUCGGGUACAAGGAGUUUUUCGAUAAACCACCGUUUCAGGCUUCUGCCAGUUGUUCAAGAUCUGCGUCUGUCAGCACGACGUUGACGAAGGGGCUGACCAAUGACAACUCUGGCUCGAUCAGCGAACCAUUGAAUACAACCAUUGCCAAAACUGAAACGGAAGCGACCCUUCAGAACGACGCCUCUUCCUCUUUCACUUCAAACGAGGCGCCAGUAUCACUGACCGACGACUCGGUUUUUGAUAACUACGAUUCUUUGGUUGAAAACGUAUCCCGCGAAAGUUAUAAAACUGUGCGUAUGGAUCCGACAAAGCCUCCACCGCUUCCUCCGAGAAACUUCAACCGCAAGCUGACACCAAAAGAGCGAGACGUCAUCGAUUUAAUGAAUGAAAUCUCUGAAAAGACGUCUAUUCGCAUCUUGCUCUCUCCGGGUUCUUUGACGAGAGUUGCAUUCGUUGAAAUUCUCGGUUUUCUGUGCACGAUUUUCACGGAGUCCAUGAACGUGAUUGCCCCGAAGCGAAGUGACCAGAGUCUUUCGCCAAGGUGGUCCAACACGUUCUUUGCUCUGGCGGCGCUAUGA